GUGAAUCACCAGUGGACAGAUAAGGAUUUAAAAGCAACAAAGAGAUGACAUUGUGAUAUAUGUCAAGCAAGAAAAUGGAGAAUUCACAGAGGCCCAUGCUUCUUUUUUUAGGGAUAUACAUUUUCUCAAUGAAGUGGAUACUGACCAAUCAGCAAGUUAAUGUGGCCUUAAAAGGAAUAGCAACACAAUCUUCCGUAUAUGAUAACAGAUAUGCUUCCUUAGCUAUUGAUGGUCACAGAGAAUCUAGCUCGUUUUCCUACCCAUGUUCACAUACAAAUGCUGAUUAUAAUCCAUGGUGGAGAGUGGAUUUGUUGGCAGUGUAUGACAUUAGCAUUGUAAUCGUCACUAACAGAGGCAACUGCUGUCCAGAACGGAUAAAUGGUGCUGAGAUCCACAUUGGCAAUUCCUUAAUCAACAAUGGGAACAAUAACCCCAGAUGUGUCGUUAUCCCUAGCAUCCCUGCUGGUGUCUCUGCAAAUUACACUUGCAAUAUGCAGGGCCGUUAUGUGAAUAUCGUCCACCCUAACAUUAUUCAGUACCUCACUCUCUGUGAAGUGGAAGUCUAUGGAGCUGGAGUUCGUGUUACUAAGAAGGCAUUUCUGAGAUUAAAGUUUAACAGCAGCGAGGAUCUCAGCAAUGCUACUCUGACGGACGAUAUUCUUCGAAAGAUGAAAUCUGUCAAUCUGAGGUCACCAGAAUUUCAGGUUCAUUGUACAAAGGAACCAAAACUGGAAACUAAAACUUAAAAAAAGGUGGCAGAAAAUCAUCUUAAAUAUUCAGAAAAAGAAGACACUUUAUACAACCCUAAUUAUUAUGAACUUUAUAAAUUACCUUUUUUUAAAUCAUCAGCAUGUAAUAUUGCCAGGACACCGAUUACAACACUCAGAACCCUUGUCACCUCCCUCCCAAUUAGAAGUGUUGAUAACCAAACAAUCAUCACAAUCUUGAUGAACUUGGGUAUGUUUGGAAAAAAUGUUUAAAACAAAGAUUGUGCAAAAAAAAAUUAGGAAUGAGGUUUUACUCCCUGGCAUAUGAUAUAUGUCUACUAU